CCCGCUCAAGUGUUAUCUCCUUCCUAUUCCUGCAAGAACACUGAAAUGGAGCAAGUCGAGAAAUCACUGUCACAAAUGAUGGAAAUGUUCCAAACUAGGAUGGCCAACUUUGAGGCAGAGCUGCAGAAAUCUCCAUCCACAUCAUCCGCUACUACAGCUACAGGUUUGGCUGCUGACUUCUCUUCUUUUAAAGUUUUUGUCACCCAUUCGCUCAAUGCUCUGCAGACACAAAUUCGCACUCUUUCAAGAACUGUUGACAAUCUUGAGAUGCUGGGGCGCCGGAAGAUGUUAAUGAUCCAUGGUCUUCCGGAGCAGGAGAAUGAGGACACAGCUCAGGUUGUGGUUGAGAUGGCCACAAACAGUCUGAAACUAGGAGACUUUUCUCUUGGUGGUAUAAAGAGGUGCCAUAGGAUGGGGCGGCCCGCUACUGCAUCGAGGAAACCCCGGCCAAUCAUAGUAAAAUUCCAGGAGGUCACUCUUCGUGACCAAGUUUGGUUCAGGAAAUCAAAAUUGAAGAAUUCUGGUGUCACUAUAUCUGAGUUUUUGACUCAUUCACGUCACUGCACUUUUAUGGCGGCACGACAGAAGUACGGUGUUAAUAAAUGCUGGACAGCGGCGGGCAACAUAUAUUCCCUCGGCUCUGACAACUCUCGUCGACGUAUCGAUGACAUAACCGAGGUAAAUGAGUUGGAAAAGCCGGUCGCUGCAGCAAAAUCGCCGAAGAAGGUUUCCUCGAAACCCAGGCGGGCCGCCGUCGUCAAGAAGUAG